AUGUCCAGAAACGUUACUCUUACAACGACAGCAGGAGCCCCUCUGUUGCAGAAUUACAACCAAAGUGCCUCUUACAGUAGUCGAGCUCGGGUCUUCAAAAAGACCAGCCCCAAUCAGAAGCUCUCACUCUAUCUGGGAAAGCGAGACUUUGUUGACCAUAUUGACAAAGUGGACCCAAUUGAUGGUGUAUUGGUGAUUGAUCCAGAGUAUUUAAAAGACAGAAAAGUUUAUGUGCUAUUGACAUGCGCAUUCCGAUAUGGCCGUGAAGAUUUGGACGUCAUGGGCCUCAGUUUCCGAAAGGAUAUUUACUCGGAGGCAAUUCAGGUUUAUCCACCACUUCCGGAAAACAAGAAGCAACUGACUCCACUGCAGGAGAAACUGAUUAACAAACUGAAAGAGAACUGCUACCCUUUCUGCUUUGAGAUGCCAACUAACCUGCCAUGUUCAGUUACCUUACAACCAGGCCCAGAAGACCAUGGAAAGGCGUGUGGCGUGGACUUUGAGGUGAAAGCAUUCUGUGCCGAUAACCUGGAGGAAAAGAUUCAUAAAAGGAAUUCGGUGAGGCUGAUCAUCCGCAAGGUACAGUACGCCCCAGAGCAAAGCUCCUUGCAACCCAAAGCGGAAGCAACUCGUCAGUUCCUCAUGUCGGACAAACCACUGCACCUGGAGGCAUCACUCGGCAAAGAGAUGUACUACCACAACGAACCUAUAGAUGUCAGAGUCUGCAUCACCAAUAACACAAGUAAGGUGGUGAAGAAGAUUAAGUUAUCAGUUGAUCAAGUCACCGACGUAGUCCUCUAUCAACUUGACAAAUAUACAAAGACAGUCGCUGUGGAGGAACCAGAUGACACUGUGGCUGCCAAUUCUAACUUCACCAAAGUUUACAAACUGACUCCUGGUCUGGCAAACAAUCGGAAGAAACGAGGCCUGGCCUUGGAUGGGAAGCUCAAACAUGAGGACACUAACCUGGCCUCGAGUACCAUGCUCAGACCAGAAGUGGAUAAAGAGGUCCUUGGAAUCCUUGUCUCCUACCUGAUGAAGGUGAAAGUGAUAGUCUCCCGGGGUGGGAUUCUGGGAGACCUCACUUCAAGUGAGGUGGUGGUGGAGAUUCCUUUUUACCUGAUGCAUCCUAAACCCAGUGAGGUGCCGAAGACCUUGUGAUUGAAGAGUUCAAUCGUCGAAAGGUCAAUGGAGAACAGGAUGAUGACGAGGAAGAGAAAGCUGCCAUGGAAGGAGAGCAUUAAAGUACAAUGAAACAGGUGUAUGGCAGAAAGGAGGUCAUAGGUGAAUGUAAGACUGUGAGAAGUUAAGACUAUUAAAAAAAACAGCAGAUUUGCUUCCUUUCAGGGGUAGUCAUCAUUCAGCUUUGUUGUUGCCUAUUUCCUAUUUUAGACCAGGCAAUCUGGUCAUUGUCUGAGCUCUUGGCAAAUUAUUAAAACAUAAAGCAGGCUUUAUCUGCUGGACCAAAUAUUAGAAAUGUGAACCCAGAGUGUGUCUAGAAACAGCCUCUACAGCUUUUUUUUUGUCACUUGAGGUCCUGAUGUCCAUUGUGCGUGUAUUUCAGAUUUUCGGUGAAUAUCAACCAGCAACAAAAUGAUCACUUGAAUUUGAGACUGAGCAAUAGAACUGUGUCUUCCUCUAUCCUGGCCACAUCCCACUCAGGUUUGACGAAACCUAAUGAAUCCAGAAGAGUGUGGGGGGACUUGAGUAGCAGCAAAGUUCCGGGUCAGGCACAAUCACAAACACAGUUCUUAAACAUCACCAACGUACUGAUGUGACUCAUUUUUGUAACUCUCUACUUUCAAGGCUGGGGCUCACAAGAGAUAUAUUGCACUCUCAAGGGCCUUCCCCUCUUUAUCAGCUCAUUGAAGAUAACAAAAGAUAGGGAUGGAAGAAGUGUGCCCAAUCAAUUGAUGCUUCUAGUCUUGUACCAACCCUCCAUGGUUUUAGCACUCAGCUGAAUCUUCCCAGGCUUUGUGCCUCUGUUGAUGUGCAGGAAAGAUCUCUCCAGUCAUUUCACUUAGUUUAAAAUUACUUUUCAGUAAAUUUUUUAUCUUCCUUUUCUAUCUUCUUAGAUCUCUGUCCUUGAGAUAAUACACUUGCAUGAGAUAUUGACCUGUCUUCUGAACCAAGGACAUGAUUAUCUCUGCUAAAACCUCCCAGCUCAACUCCUAAAUGUUUCAGAUCUGCCCCGUUUCUUUCUCAUGCUCCCUGCACUACACGAGUAACAUUUUAUUUUGGUUCAGCAUUUAGAAUUGAACAGAAUGCAUUACGAAACUUCAGUAUAGCUUGUGUAGAUCUGUGCUUCACCAGUCUAUAUGUGGAACCCAACAUUGUAUUUGUAAUUUCAAUUUCUACACCAGUUUACAUUGACAUUAAAAAGUGAUGGGCUUCUUGAGAUGUAUUGCACUGAAUGAAUCCAAAUUGUUUUAUAUUUAUGAGGCAUGUUUUCCACCAGUGAGUAAGAAAACCUUAAAUUCAAUUUGUCAUUUGUAAAAUUAACAGUGUAACAUUGUAGUACAUAAUGUCCUUCUCUCCUCUCCCUAAAAUAAAUAACUUAAUUAAUACCUCAAUUUGGAACAUACUACUGUUCAACGGUUAAUCUACCCUGCUGCUCAAUAAGCAUUGUGCUGGCAGGGAUAAUUUAGUCAUUUUGUUCCUGGGAUGAUAUCGUCACUGGAUUCACAACUUCAUCACGGUACAAAGUGAGUAACUUAAGAGAACUAAUCCCUUGAUAGAAUCCAACUGUAAUAUUUAAGAAUGACUAAAACAAACUGGGCCUGGCUCCUAAGAAGGUGUAGUUAUCAGUCUGGGUACACUCAUACAGAUGGUGGACCAGGGAAAUGUUUAUAGAAUAGAACCAUUGGAACGAUUUAUCAGAUUAAAGAUGCUUGAAGAGAUAAUGAUUCCCAAUUGGUGAUAAUGCUCCAAGCUAUUAGAUUCAUUUUAACUGUAAGAUAUAUUUUUGUGCUUUGAAGCAACAUAUUUUGUAGUUGCUUGAAGAGUAAUGUGAGUUACAGUAAAUGUGACAAAGAA